AGUGUUUGGCUCCCGCUACAAACAUUCCAUCCAAGCAACAUAUCUCGAGAAAUCGGCACGGGAGUGGAACAUUUGGUCACCAAGCAUCGUUCUCACGCUCGCCAAGCGUGCACCCCCCCAUCGCGUCUGGUGAGGCGCAGCGCAGCUCGCAACAAAAAGAGUCACAUCCCGCCGAGUUCUCGUCCAUCCACCUUCCCUCGCAACCCCCACCCGCACCCGCAAAGCACCCACCACACAGUCGCCCGAAGUCUCGCGAAUGCCAUCGAAAAUUGCAACAUCAAUAGACCCCUUCCUCAGCCUCCUCCCGCCAGAACUGUUCCUCCUGAUAGCUACCAAGCUCAAGCCCGAAGACCUCGCCUCCUUCGUCGUCUCGUCGCCGCUACUGAGCAGAACCUAUGUUCCUCUCCUCAUCACCUACACCUCACCGCAGGGGGAGACACUCCUCACCGGCGCCGUAAUCCGGCGCCACCACGGCCUAGUGCACUCACUGCUACAACACGGGGCCGACCCGAACGUACACGACCACACCGAGCGGGCCACGCCUUUGCACCACGCCAGCAUAUCGGCGGACCUCUCCUCAGUGCGGCUCCUGCUACGCUUCUCCGCGCACCCCAACGCUUCCGCCCUCGGUGAUAUAACACCACUGCACUUCGCGGCGACCGCCGCCGACGGACACACCAUAAUCCCCCUGCUGAUCCGCGGCGGCGCCUCGAUAAACCGCGCGAACGACACGGGCUGCACGGCGAUCUGGUGGGCCGCGUCGAAAGGUCGGGAGCUCAACGUGCGUGCGCUGCUAGAGCUGGGCGCGGACGGCGCGCGCGCCGACGCCGACGGAUGGUCGCCGCUACAUUGUGCCGCGGCCAAGGGCUACGCGGGGAUCGUGGGCGCGCUGGUGGACGCGGGCAUGGGGAUGGGCGCAAGGGAUAAUGCCGGGCUCACGCCGCUGAUAUACGCGGCGAUGAAGGGCCAUGUGGACGCGGUGAAAAUCCUACUGGCGAAGGGGGCGGAUGUGGAUGCGGGCGAUGGAAUGGGCGGCACCACGGAGUUGACGGCGAUUUGCUGCGCGGCCUGUGCCGGACAUGAGGAGGUCGUGAGGCUGCUGCUGGAGGCGGGCGCGAGUGUGGGCCUUAGGGAUGCGGUGAUCUCAGCGGGCGCUGCCGGGAAGAGAGGCGUUAUGGAGAUGCUGCUGAAGUGUGGAAGGGAGGAGGUCAGGGAUCGCGGGGGAGAGCUCAUGGCGUAUUUUCGCGAGAUUUAGGGUGCUCUGGCCGAUGGCCGAUGGGUUGCUUGCGGGGGUGUUUAAAAGCGCUACAUUGCCUUUGGUUCUGGUUCAAUGUCUAUCUCUUCUUCUUUUUCUUUUUCUGUCAGCUGACGAUAUGUUUAUGGUCUCGGGCUUCUUGUGGUUUUCAUUUCUUUGCUGUUGCUUUUUGCGUCUACUUAGCAUGCGUUUGUUUUGUUUUUUC